CCACACCCGCGCAAGCUUAUUGGGUGAAACAUGGUGGGAUGUCAAUCUUGAAAACCUUCACGAGCGUGCUGAUGAAUUAUAGAUGAAAGGAAGCUGAAAAUGCAUAUUUGGUGCCAAACACAAGCACACGACCAUACACACAAUCAACAUUUCAUAGACGGACCAUCUAACUUCCACUGCUUCAUCCACAGCGAGAUGCAUACAGAAAUGCUUUAAUUACAAGUGAAACACGAGCGCCCCGUGCACCGUCUGCAGCCUUUAUUCCAUCCACUGCAUUCAACAUUAACGAAAAUCAUGCUAGGAUUGAAUAAGGAUGGGACCACAGUCAUCCUUGUUUUGCUUAAUGCAAUUAUUUUUGCAACAGCAACUGCAGAGAAGGCGAUCUAUACAAAUCAUUUCUUGGUUCAGUUGCAUGAAGGAGAAGACAAUGUAGCCAAGCAAGUUGCAGCAGAUCACGGUUUUAACAUUGGCAAAAAGCUCCCUUUUGGGGAAGGACUAUUCCACUUUUAUCACAACGCCAUUCCAAAAGCAAGGAGAAGACGCAGCCAUCAACACAAGCAACGCCUUGAAAAGGACCCAAGGGUGAAAGGUGUAUUGCAACAAGAAGGGUUUGGCAGAAAGAAGCGAGGCUACAGAGAUGUAAAUGAAAUUGAUGUUAAGAUGAAUGACCCAUUGUUUACCAAGCAAUGGUACCUUAUAAAUACCGGUCAAGCAGAUGGGACCCCAGGACUUGAUCUGAAUGUAGCUGAAGCUUGGGAAUUGGGCUUUACUGGAAAAGGUGUGACCAUAGCAAUCAUGGAUGAUGGAAUUGACUACUUACAUCCUGAUCUUGCCUCCAAUUAUAAUGCAGAAGCCAGCUAUGACUUUAGCAGCAAUGACCCCUACCCCUACCCUCGCUACACGGAUGACUGGUUUAACAGCCAUGGAACUAGAUGUGCUGGUGAAGUUUCUGCAGCAGCCAAUAACAACAUCUGUGGCGUAGGAGUGGCGUACAGCUCAAAAGUUGCAGGUAUUCGAAUGUUGGACCAGCCUUUUAUGACGGAUAUAAUAGAAGCUUCAUCAAUAAGUCACAUGCCUCAAAUUAUCGACAUCUACAGUGCCAGUUGGGGGCCAACUGAUGAUGGCAAAACUGUGGACGGACCACGGGAGUUGACCUUACAAGCGAUGGCAGAUGGUGUGAAUAAGGGCAGAGGCGGUAAGGGAAGCAUUUAUGUCUGGGCUUCUGGAGAUGGAGGCAGUUACGAUGAUUGCAACUGUGACGGCUAUGCAUCUAGCAUGUGGACCAUCUCUAUCAAUUCAGCAAUCAAUGACGGCCGCACAGCCCUUUACGAUGAAAGCUGUUCUUCCACCCUGGCUUCUACAUUUAGCAAUGGAAGAAAGAGGAACCCUGAAGCUGGUGUGGCUACAACCGAUUUGUAUGGAAACUGCACACUGCGUCAUUCUGGAACAUCUGCUGCUGCGCCAGAAGCUGCCGGGGUGUUUGCUUUGGCUUUGGAAGCUAACCCAAAUCUAACCUGGCGUGAUAUGCAGCACUUGGCAGUGUUAACAUCCAAAAGGAAUCAGCUGCACGAUGAGGUUCACCAAUGGCGUAGAAAUGGAGUGGGUUUGGAGUUCAACCACCUCUUCGGAUAUGGAGUUCUUGAUGCAGGUAGCAUGGUCAAAAUGUCAAAGGACUGGAAGACGGUUCCUGAAAGAUUUCAUUGUGUGGGAGGUUCAAUACAAGAAACACACAAAAUACCACCAAAAGGCAAGCUGAUUUGGACCAUUACGACGGAUAUGUGUGAAGGGAAGGACAACUUUGUCCGAUACCUAGAGCAUGUCCAGGCAGUGAUCACUGUCAAUGCCACUAGAAGAGGAGAUCUGAACAUAAACAUGACCUCACCCAUGGGCACAAAAUCCAUUCUGCUGAGUCGCCGCCCUCGAGAUGACGACUCCAAGGUUGGCUUUGACAAAUGGCCUUUUAUGACAUCGCACACUUGGGGAGAAGACCCCAGGGGGACCUGGGUCCUGGAGAUUGGCUUUGAGGGGGAUGCACUGCAGAAAGGGGUGAUGAAGGAAUGGACUCUGAUGCUCCAUGGAACACAAAGUGCCCCUUACAUUGACCAAAUAGUGAGAGAUUACCAGUCUAAACUGGCCAUGUCCAAAAAGGAGGAGCUGGAGGAAGAACUAGAUGAGGCUGUGGAACGAAGCCUGAAGAGUUUGCUGAGCAAGAACUAGCCCUCCUAUCAUCUGCAUGUCGGUCUUCUCUUUCAUAAACUCCCCACGCUUUUAGUCCAGUUUCUACCCUCCUUUCUGUGUUUAUUAGCCCUAAUACAAUUAAUGUUUCUUGUGGUCAGAUAAUCACAAUUUGUAAUUUAACCUAAAAAAUACCAAUAGGUUUUUUUUUUUCUUUUUACACUUUAGUAUAUGCAGUUACUAUAUCAUGUUGUUGGUCCGCUGCCCUACUCCUACUAAUUUGAUGUACAUUUUGUGACGAUAAAUGAUUUUGUGUCAUACUACUUAAAGAUUAAUAUCUUGCAAACAAAA